GCAUUCAGCCUAGCUUGAUACUUCCUGUUUAGCAGUCCUGACGGUACCAGCCCAAACCUGCGCCCAAACUUCUCCGACCUCAGUCGGGCAGCUUCCCUCCUCCCCAAGCGCGACCUCACAAAGUGUGCGCCUUGGUCGUCAGCACAGCAUACAGUUUGCUGUGGCUAUUUACUUAACGCCUCGAGCUUGCCUUUGGGAACCGCUUCUGAGAGACGUCGCCUCGUAGACAGCCACAACCUAAUUUUGCGCACCGGGCAGAGGCGCAGCUCAGGCACAAGCGUAGCACGUCCAUAUAGGCGUAACAGUAACGUAUCGCUGAACUUGGCGGCGUGUAACCAGUUUGCCCCCAAUCGAUAUGUUGCGCCACUGGUCGCUUCUAGCACUGCUGGCGUUGCUGGCCUGGCGCGGGGCAGAAGCAUACCCUCGCUUCUGGUACGACCGGAAUUACCUCGUAGAGUAUGGCUACGGGCCGGAGAACGGCUUGGAUUGGUCGGUGUUCCCGGCCCUCACCUGUACCAAUUACCCGGACAAGGCGUACAACGGCUUCUACCCCGCGCACGGCACGCCCACCCCAGACAACACCAUCGGGAUGACGUUUGCGCUGUCCGGUGGCCCGGCCGUCACCACCCUGUGCCCCGGCGCCACACACACCAUGCGGCUGACGUUCCCCAUCCGGCGCCUGGCGCUGGUGACCACCGACCCGCCCAAUGUGGCCGCAUUCACCUCGCCCGCGCCGCCCACCCCCGACUGCCCCGGUCGCCUGGACCUGGGUAACUCGCUCACUUCCGGCGCUGCCACCUCCUUCACCACCACCUUCACCGUGCCCUGCACCGCCAAGGGCACCUCUGUGGCUUUCCAUGUUGUCAGCGCCGGCACCUCCGGCACCACCCGCCGCUGGGCCACCGCCCAGGCCACCAUGCCGGUCUCGGCCGAUGGCUCUGGCGUGUGCGCAGCCGUGUCGGCCGCAUGCGCGCCCGUCGCCUCGCCGCCGCCGCCCAGCCCCCCGCCCCCCUCGCCGCCGCCGCCCAGCCCCCCGCCUCCCUCGCCCUCCCCUCCCCUGCCCCCGAGCCCUCCUCCGAACCUGUCGCCCCGUCCGCCCCCCUCGCCUCCUUCUCCUCCUUCUCCUCCCUCUCCUUCGCCGCCUCCCUCGCCGCUGCCUCCGUCGCCGCCGCCCCCCUCGCCGCCACCCCCCUCGCCGUCGCCCCCUAGCCCGCCCCCGCCGCCUCCGCCCACGCCGACCACCGACGACAGCACCGGUGACAACGGACCUGACCUGUCCAACUCGGACGUCACCUCGCCGCCGCCGCCGCCCGCCUCCAACGCCUCGGCUGGCAGCUGCACCCCCAGCCCCCUGGGCUACGCCUGCAUGUCCACACAGGGCGACGUGACCCUGCACUGGACCGUCAACACGCCCUCCGCCCCGCCCAAUGCCUGCACCGGCACCGACAGCGCCGGCAAGACAGUGCUGGCGGCCGGCGACGUGGCCACUGACGGCACCAUCCACAUGGCCGUGCAGGCCGCAACCAGCGGCUACGUCGCCAUUGGCUUCUCGCCCAACCCCGGCACCAUGGGCCCCUCCGACAUUGUCCUGGGCUGGGCGGGCUCGUCCGGCUCCUCCAUCCGGGCCUUCUAUGUCACGGGCGAGGACAUGGACGACAGCAACGCCCUCAGCGGCACCCGGGACUGGGCCUACGACAAGGGCGUCAUGGAGUCGGGCGGUGUGACCACCAUCUGCUUCAGCCGCCGCCUGCGCGAGCCACGUGCCCUGGCCUCGUCCGACCUGCGCGCAGCGGGCGGACUCACAUCCGCCGCCUCGGGAGCUAGCGGCAGCAGCAGCCGCCGCCGCCUUGCACAAGCUCUGCCCCAGAUGGGCUUCAACUGGGCCACCUUCCCCCAGGACCGGCUGGUGCAGCACCUGUCCCGCACCGUGGGCGGCUUCAGCCUGGACGUGGCCAGCGGCGCCGCGGACGUGGUGGCGGUGGACAAGGGCUACUGGGUCAACGUGCACGGCGCGCUCAUGGCCGUGGCCUGGGCGCUGCUGCUGCCGCUGGGCACCUUCCUGCCCGCGCACAGGUGGGUGCUGCGCGACGUGCGCGGCCCCGCCGGCAAGCACCUGUGGUUCCUGCUGCACGUGGGCUGCCAGUACGUGGGCAUCUCGCUCUUCGUGGCGGGCUUCGUCAUCGCCUACGUCAAGCUGGACAACGGCGGAGUGGUGGUGGGCGGCAAGGCCGGCAGCGCGCACGCGCCCAUCGGCAUUGCCGUCAUGGCGGCGGCGGGCGCGCAGAUGGUGGUGGGCCACGUGCGGCUCGACCCCACGCACCGGCGGCGCUGGCUGUGGAACCUGGUGCACCACAACCUGGGCCGCUGCACGGUGCUGCUGGCCUGGGCCAACGUGUACAUCGGCAUCUACAUGGCUCACACCGGCUACCAGGCCUCCUACGCCGCCUGGGCCGCGCCCAUCGCCGCUGUCAUGGGCGUGCUGGUGCUGGCCGACCUGGUGCUGCGCAUCGCCGCGCCCGCCGCGCCGGCCACCGCCUACAAGGCCGAGGCCGACCCAGGCAUCAAGGCCGGCGGCGCGCACAUGCACCCGCAGGAGCAGGGCGUGAGCCAGUACGGCAACAGCGCCUACCCGCUGUCGCCCAACCAGGGCCACACCAACAAGCUGAGCAAGCAGAAGAGCUCGUCCAACGCCGCGCACCACGGCUUCCAGGGGGAGGAGGAGGACGCGGCGGCGGCGGGCGGGAACGGCGGCGAGCGGUUCACGGGGCGGUACAGCCCUGGCGGCAGCAGCGGCGGCGGCGCAGGGGACACGGCGGCGCACGUGAACCAGUUGUACGGCGGGACCAACAAGGUUUGAGAGGAACGAGGAGGUGUGGCGUGCAGCAUGUCUGCUGGGUUUGUGCACGAUCCGUCCCACGCGUGGCGGCGCUGCAUCGUGCAGUGCGUACUGCGUAGUGAGUUGCAAGGUGCCUCUAGGGGAGCAAGAGGAGGAGAGCAGGAGGAGGCCGAAGGGAUUCUUGGUGCUUUCGCGCAUUAGAUUGGCAGAGGCAGACCGUGUGUAUCACCAUGACACACUCCCGGCGUGCGGGUUACGCAUGUAGGCCGUCGGUGCAGGACGGAGGCGGCCGUUGGAAAGGCAUGCACUGAUAAGCGUGCAGGCACAUAUAUGCAUGCCGCAAGCUUAUCAGCAGCAUGUAGCAUGAUGGUAUUAUAUUAGCUCAGAAUGCACGAGGAAAAGUUUGGGAAACACUGCUUGGGAUACCCAUGUGGCACGUGGCUUAUAUCGGGCCUGGGUCGGGUGAUAGCCCUGAGUUAUUGUUGUUGCUGUUUCUUGCAGCGGUGUUUUGGUCCGUGAGAAUGUUAUUGACAGGAAGUGACAGGAAGCUUAUCGCCAUUAGCGAUGGCAAAGGAAAGGGAUAAAGCGUCGCUGUGUUCACUGGCGCGUUAGCUUCUCGCAGCAGGCAUUGCAUUGCAUUGCAUGGCACGGCGAUGGACGUGCUUGGGAUUUGGGGCAGCGCGUGCGCGUGUGCAGGUAGUGCCACGACGACGCGGGCGGCACGGAUGAUGAGCGCAUUGGCGUUAAGUUGGGAUGGAGUCUAGUGCCUCACAGGUUCGUUGCGAUUUUGGCUGCUUCCGCCGCCGCAGCUGACGGGUACACUGACAAUGGUUGAGAGUGGGGGGCCAAGGGUGGCGGCAGGAGCUGGUGCGGUUACUGCUAACCGUGUCAGCUCAAGCCGUGUGCCGUACAGAGCGCGUUGCAUCUCUGGGGGGGGGCGGGGGGGUGAGGGGCUGAGAGCGAGAGUGACGCAUUCAUUUUUUUAUCACAGUGGCGGUUACAAGACGCCACGACUGGCACUGGGCUCAGGGCCCCCAGUGAGUGAUGAGCGUGUGGUGGGAUGCGGGGUUGGCAUUUUGCACUGCCAUUGCGUGCGUCAACUCCUCCAAUGUCGGCGUGGGGGCUGCCGCCUCCAUGUUCCACCAUCCUGUAACUUUGGGCAAUA